AUGUCAUUCUACUCAAAUGAAAAUAGUAGUAACAACAAUCUAAAUUAUGCAAUACAGUUUAAUUCAAACACCACCACAUCAAAUGAAUUAUCAUCAUUCCCCAAGACUUCAAGAUUUUUCGAUAAUUCAUCAUUACCAGACCUAAAACAAUUUGAAAUUGGAGAUCAAAAACAACAAAUUUGGUUUAAUGGUCAAUUAUCAAAUUUUAAUUAUAGUCCUUUCAAUAUUUUACAACAAAAACUAAAAGCAUCACCUUCAUUAAAUUAUGAUUUAAUACCAAACAAAUUUUUUAUAUUACAACCAAUAAAUCAAGAACCUAACGAAAUUCCUUUUUUACAUCUAAAUGAAGAAUUAAUGAAAGAUCCAAUGUUACUAAUAGAAAAUUUAUCAGAAAUUGGUAAGAAAUAUGGUGCAAUAAAAAUCAAAUUACCAAAUAAAGAUCAAUCCAUUUUCCAAAAUUCAAAUCAAGUCAACUCAGAUUUGUUUUGGUUUGAGACUAAUAAAUUGUUAAAUAAUCCAAAAGAAGAUGAAAUAUACGUUAGAUUAAACUUUCACAGAAACCUAUUGGAUUUUCAUCAAAGUGAUUUAUACAAGAAAUUUGAAGAUAGUGAUAUAAAAAAAUCAAAAGACAAUUUCAAUUUUCAUUUAAAUAAGUUACCAAUGAUCGAUAAAAGACCAUUGGAUUUGUACAAGUUAUUUCAAUCAGUUAUGAUAAGAGGUGGAUUUAGUGAAGUAAUAAAUAAAAAAUUAUGGGCACAAAUCGGAAGAGAAUUGGGAUAUAAAGGUAAAAUAAUGACAAGUUUGAGUAGUUCUUUGAAGUCCUCAUACCAUAAAAUAUUGUACCCUUAUGAAUUAUAUUUAGCAUCUGAGAGAACCAAUGAAGUUCAAGAAGAAGAAGUUUCUGAAUUAUCUAAUGGUAAAAGAAAUAUUCAACCACUGGAACCAAAUAAAAAAAUGAAGAAAGAAAAUGAGUGUCCUUUAAUUAUUGGCUCAGCAAAACAAUUCAAAAGACGAAUCAAGACCAAAGUUUCCAAAGGUUUUAUACCUAAUGCGCCUCAUCUUAUAGAUAUUAAACAGCCAAACACAUUUAUCAUUAAACAAGAAGAAAGAAAAAGAAAUCGAAGAACUAACGAUACAGUUUAUGCACCAAUUACACCACAAAGUCAAUUUAAUCAUAGUCUUUCAUAUAUACUAAAUAAUCAAGAUGAAUCACCAUCAAUGUCAUCACCCAAAAUAGCAUCAGUUUAUACACUUAGACAGUUUAUGGAAAAAGAUUUAAAAUUUCAAGAAUAUAUCAUACAAGAAAACAAAUCAUUAUUUCAAAGAGAUUCAGCUGAAAGAGAUUGGAUAAAUUUUGCAGAUUUGGAAACUUUGUACUGGAAAUAUAUUAAAAAUGAAGAUUCAGAACUGUUGUUCAAAAAUGGAUAUGAGCUUGAAAUGGGAAAAGACUUACCAAGUUAUAUACACGGUUCAGGUUUUGUCAAAAUUGGAGAUGACAUCAUCAACUUUAAAAACUCAUUAAACAAUUACCAAUUAGGGUUAUCACAUUUGAAACAAAGUGUAAAUAAUAAUAAAAAUGGAUCAGCCCCAAACUCUGCACAAAAUUCACAAAAUCCACGAGAAAUUAACUCCACAGAUUCAAUUAAUCAACUUAUUCAUGCAGCUUUAUACCCGUGGAAUUUACAUAAUCUACCAACUUUACCAAAUUCUAUUUUAGGUGCAUUAAGUGAAUCAGACAUCAGUAACAGAGAAUCAACAACCACCCGGAUCAAUGUUGGAAUGACUUUCAGUACUGAGAAUUGGUCAUGUGAAGAUCAUUUUACACAACUAAUAAAUUAUCAUUUUUUUGGUGCAAGUAAAAGAUGGUAUUUCAUACCAGAAUCUGAAUUUGAGAAAUUUGAGUCACUAAUUAAAAAAGUGAACGCAGAAAAUCAAUCAAGAGCAUCAAAUUUAAAUAAUCAAAAGCCAACUGAUACACAACGACUUAUGCAGAUAUUAUUCAGACCAAAUGAGGAAGAAAUUGAAACAGAUGUAAUCGCGAAAUCAUUAGAAAAUGUUAUAAACACAAAACAAGACAUAAGAUUAUCUGGUUUAUCGAAUUUCAAAUAUAAUCAAGAAUUUAUGAUCACUCCAGAAUUAUUAGAGCAACACAAUAUAAAUUACACAACAACAGUACAGAAUCCAGGAGAGUUCAUCAUAAAGUUCCCCAAAACAUAUUCUUCAUCAAAAUCAUAUGGUUUUAAUUUUUGUGAAGAAGUUAAUUUUGCAUCAAGUGUGUGGUUAGAUUAUGCAUUAGAAGGUGAAAAAUGGCUUCAAAAACAAGGGAUAUUACCAAAUUUCCUGACUUUCAAAUUAUUAUCAUCAUUGGCUAUAAUGUAUGAUACGGGAAAAAGUAUUUCAUUUAGUUCUGAUGUUUUUGCAAAGGUUGCUAAAUUAUAUGAAUCAAUAUACUUAAGGGAGGUAGAGUUGAGAAAUGAAGUUAGGAAGUACAAAUUAAAAGAAACUACCAUCAAUGAAGAGUCUAGUGCUGAUAUAAUUGCUGAUGAUGACCUUUCAACUGUUUUUCCAACUAGAAUUUUGGUGAUUGACAAAAAGAACAAAUCAAAAAUAAUAUCCUUAGAAACCUUUCUCGACACCUCCAAGAAUGAUCCGACAUUUUUAGAAAGUUAUCAAUGUGAACUACAACUUUUUUAUUCUGAUGAAAAAUUAAAAAAUUUUUACAAGAUAUUAAAUGAAUAUUCGGUUGAUUUUGAAAGUUGGAUUAAAGCAUAUGAAGAACUUAUGUCCGACAGUGAUAGUGAAUUAUCAUUAAAGCAAUACAAAGUUUUAUUGAAUGAUGGGGAUAAAAUAAAUUUAUCAAUAAUGUCAACCAACUCAACUAUAAAUGAAUUCGAUCAAGAAAGAUUAAAUUUGUUCCGGUCUUACUUAGACAACCUCAGAUAUUUCACAACCACAUCCACUCAAUUUAUUGAGGAUUGUCAAAAUUUAUUAUCUAUAAAACAUCAACAACGUAUAAGAAAUGGUCAAGAUUCAACAAUUAGUGCAUCUUUCAAUGAUUUAAUGCAAUUAGUAUCCAAAAUUCCUAAAUUGAAUUUCACUUGUCCAGAAAUUGAUCAAAUUUUAGAAUUUAAAGUUGAAACUGAAAAUUUUGAUAAGGCAAGUAGAGCAUUGAUAUCGAAAAGGAAUAAAUCUUUACAAGAAUUUGAUAACCUAAUUAGUCUUGGUGAAAGUUUUGGAUUAGAUAUACCUUCAUUGAGUUUUAUAACUAGAAUUAGAGAUAGAUUAUUAUGGUUGAAAACUUUUGAACUUAUAGAAAAAGGAGUUGAUCCGUACUCUGACAAAAAAGAAGUUUUUACAAUUGAUCACCUCAAAAAGUUUUACUAUGAAGGUUUGGAAAUUUUAUCUGAGGAUGAUUUGAACUACAUCAAAUCAGUUGAAAAGAUUUUAAAUGAAAGUAUUGUUUUCAAUUAUAAUGUCGGUAAAUUUUUAACAUACCGAUAUGUUCAUGAUCUAAACUUACAAGAAAUGGAAACUAUAGUUGAUAAAUUUACGCAAGAGAAAUUAUUUAUCUCAAUGGACAAUUAUACAGAAUUAUCAAAAAUUCAAUUCAACUUGAAAUUAAUAACUCAAUAUAAUGAAAAAAUUGAUUCCAAAAAGACCCCAUACCCAGAAUUAAAAACUUUUUACAAUUCAGUACUAGAAAGUGGUUUAAAUUUCAACACAACAAAAUUCUCAUCAAUGUUGCAAGCCACAGAAACUUGGAUAGAAUUAACAAUCCCCAAAUUUGAAAAGCUAAAAAUACUAACAACUAUGAAGAAUCCAGAUAUCGAUCAUUUGAAUCAAAAAUACACCACAAAUUCCAAACUAAUUGAAAGGUUAUAUCGAAUUUUUUACAAAAUUGAGUAUAAUUUAUCAAAAGACGAUAAAUAUGAGGAGUGUUCAUCAUUUUUAAAUAUCACCGACAACAAUGAAGUUGAUGCAAAAUAUUAUUGUAUAUGUAGGGAAUUUGAACAUGGCACAAUGGUUGAAUGUGAUAAAUGUAAUGAAUGGUAUCAUGUUCAGUGUGUUAAAUCAAUAAGCAAUCCAAAUGAAGAUAAAUAUAACUGUCCUACAUGUUUAUUAAUUGGUAAAGGGUUGGUAAAAGAUCAAUAUUUAAACACUCAAAUGACUUUUGAAGAAUUUGCUGAAGUAAAUCAAGAAAGUUCAGAUCUUGAAGCUGUUCCUGUAAAUGAAGCCGGUAUUCUACAAGAGAUAUUUAGUAUGUUGAAUACAUACAAAAUUGAAUUUGAUGAAGUGUUUACAAGUAUAAUGAAUGAAGAAGACGCAAAAAUACGUUUGGAUAAAUUAAAAUUUCAUUUAAGGAAAAUUUAUGGUUGUGGUAUAUUCAUGAAAGAUAUAUGUGAAAAAUUGAUACAAGCUAUUAACGACUUGGAAAACUCAAAAGUGAAAAAUGAAAAUGCAGUUAAAAUUGAAGGUGUCGCAGAAAAACCAGCUUCAGUUCAAGAUUUAAAUACCAAAUCAUUGGACUUUUCUUUAUCAAUUAAUAAUACAAGUCAACCUGAUACGGCAAAUGUUCAUCCAUCCUCGACGACAUUUAUAAUGGAGCCAACUUCCAACAUGAUACCAAAUGGAACAGCUGACAAUGACCAACAAAGAACUGGUGAUGAAACUGAAGUUGAAACUGAUAUAGAGGUGGAAGAACGCAAUGAUCAAGAUGAAAAGAUCAAUCCACCAACAUCAACGUUUGUAACAUCGGCUAUCAAGUCACCAACAGCUACAAAUCAAUCACCUCAACAAUCAAAAGAUAAAUUGAAUUUUAUUUUCUAUACACCGAAAAAGAAAAACAGCACCGCUACAAAUUCUCCAAAAGAUAAAGCUACUCCAAAAAUUUCUCCUACAUCGGACAAUAUCAAUGGUCAAAGUCUUGAUGAAAUCAAAAAGAAAGCUGAAGAGGUGAGUGAGAAAUUGGAAGCUGUUGUUCAUAGCAAAGAAGAUGUCGAAAUGAAGGAUGUUGAGUAUCCUAUAGCAGAUCAGAAUAGUGAUACUGAAACGAAAGAUGUUAAAGAUGCUGCAAUUGAACAAGAUAAAGAUACUGAAAUGAAAUCCAUAAAUGAUGACAACAAGAAUCAAGUAUUUGUAACACCUGCAAGCAAUGAGAAAACUGAAAAUGGUCACAUGCCAGAGGUUGAAAUUAGUAAUGGUGAAUUUGGAGAAAAGACCUUAGCUAUUACCCAAGAAACUAAUAAAGAGAAAAAGUCAAUAUCAGAAAAUAGAGAUUUUUCAGAGAAUCCUGGAAUUGACUCAAACAAUUUGAUUGAUAUUGUUGAUAACAAAGAGGAAGCAACUAAAGAGGAAAUAAAUGGUACAAAUAGCAUUCUUGACUCAACAUCUGAAGCAAUUAAUGAGGUCGAGAAGGAGGACAAAAUGGAGGUUGAUGAAGAAGAUUCAGAUAUAAAACAAAAAAAUGAAAACAACGAGGUUUCUCAAAAUCUUUCAACAGACUUUGAAACAACGAACUUACAAAAAGGGGAAUCUUCAAAAAUAGAGAAAGAAAAGGCACCAGAAGAAAGCAAAGAAAUUGAAUUGUCGAUGGAACCACAAGUACUAGCUGUUCCAGUUGAGCCUUCAAAAUCUGAACAUUCAGCUGAUAAUCUGGUGGGCAAUGAGCAUUUAGGUGAGUCAAAAUCAGUUGCUGAACCUAUUGAAAAGGAACUGAGAUCCAGCAAGAAAUUUGAGGACGAAAUUGGAGAAAAAACAGAGACAAAGCAAAUUAAGGAAGCUCCUUUAAAAGUUAAACCGGAGACUAUUCCCACUAAAGAGUCAAAGUUUGAGCAACUAGACAAUGAAAAUGCAGUACCUGAAAACAUAAAUAAAGAAGCAUCAACUCUGGAAAUUUCAGUAGCGACAGCAGCAGAUAAGGAAGUGUUAAAUGAACCAUCAGCUGUAGAAGAACCAAUAAUUGAAGAAUCAAGAAAAGAAGAAUUACCAAAAGUAGAGUCUACAAAUGAGUUACCCUUAAAUUUUGUUUCUGAGGUACAAGAACCAGCAGUUAUAGAAAUUUCAGAAAGAGAAACAAAAGUAGUGACACUAAAGGUCGGAGAAAUUAAAGAUGAAAAGAAGGAGGAAAUCCAAGCUAGAGAAUAUUCUACAUUCAACAAUGUUUCUACUAUAGUUUCAAAUUCUCCAAAAGAAAAAAAUACUGCAACUAUAGUAGAAAAUUCAAAUUUGGAAGAGCCUCAUGUAAUUCACGAUGGUAACAAUAUCAAUAGUCCGAACAAUGAUCAUAAUGAUGGUAAUGAUGACAAUGAUGAAUAUGAACCAAGAUCAAAAAUAGUUAAGUUAAUAUUAAGUCCUGCUAGAGCCAAAAUUUUGGCGACUAAAACACAAGAUAUUAAUGAUGCUUCUCCUUCAGCGUCCAAUGGAAACGAAAAUGGUACAAGAAGUAACGGUGUUCGUGAUACAAAUGCAAAAUUAAAGAAGCAAGAAGAUCAUCAUAAAAAUGAAUAUUUCAUUACAUUAAACUAUAAGCAAAAUUCAGCUUAA